UUGCAAGAUGGCGAGCGAAGUGGAAGCGAAAGGUGAGAGGUCUAAAGAUGAUUUCAUUCCUCUUAGAACAAUUACGAAACGAAAUACAACGGGACAGGAAGACAACUUUAUGAAAUCAUACUACGAGGAGGUUGAAAAUAUAACGCAGCUUUCUGAGGAAAAAAUCGAUGAAAUAAGGUGGCAAAAUGGGAUUGAGAUCCAAGGUGAUAAUUGCCCGAAGCCUAUAACAAGUUUUCGCGAUUUAAAUUUACCUCCCGAACUGCAGCAAUACUUGCAGAAUAAUGGCUACAUCAGCCCUACUGCAAUUCAGAUGCAGGCUCUCAGAUGUGUUAUGAGUGGGAGAGACCUCAUUGGUUUGGCAGAGACUGGUUCUGGUAAAACUUUGGCUUAUUCCUUGCCGUUGUGUAUGUUUUUGAAAACAAGACAGCCAUGUUUGCCUGGAGAAGGACCUGUGGCACUUCUUUUGACCCCCACCAGGGAACUGAUGCGACAAGUGUCUGAUCAUAUUUCAGAAUUAUUGUAUUGUAUCACAGCAAGGACAACAGCAACAGUUUUACCAAACAAUAACCAUGGCAAUGCCACUGAAAACACCAAUUCACUGCAUUUGAAUAACUCAAACACAACAAGUACCUCUUAUUUGAGUGAUUCUUUACCUUACAGCAUGUUAAACACAGGGUCACUAGGAAUGCCGAGUUAUCAUAGGGUAUCAAGUGAUUUAGCAUCUUUCCCUUACUCAUCCCCGGUAGGUACACCAAUUAGCAUAAGAUACAAGUCAGUUGGGAUUUGUGGUGGUGUACCAGUUUCAGUUCAGGCACAGGAAAUAGGGAGUGGAGUUGAUGUUGUCAUAGCAACUCCUGGUUGGCUUCUCGACUUGUAUGAACGUGGCCUGGUAAGUUUGGACAAAGUGUCAUAUUUAGUGAUGGAUGAAGCAGAUAAGAUGCUUGGGAUGGGAUUGGAAGAACAGUUGAGGAAGGUUGUUGGACUUGCCACUGGGACUGUGAAGGCAAGACAAACAUUGCUAUGGACUGCUACCAUGCCAGAUUCUUUAGAAAGAUUGGCAAGAUCUGCUGUGUUGGAUCCUAUUACAAUUCAAGUGGGACCUGUUGGGCUGAUAUCACCUACUAUUCAACAAAACGUCAUGUUUCUUUAUCAUUAUGAAAAACCAGAAAAAUUACUCCAAGUUCUCCAAAGUACACCCAGUCCCCCUGUCAUUGUAUUUACAUCAUCCAUCCAAAAUGUAGAUUAUGUCACUGAGUUACUUAAGAAGGAACAGUUCCAUGCAUCUGGCCUGCACUCGGAAAAACCACAAGAUUACCGAUUUACAUUGGUGAGGGCAUUUCGUGAUGGCAAAGUAGAUGUGCUAGUGGCAACAGAUGUUGGGUCAAGGGGUCUUGAUUUUCCUGAAGUAACACACAUAAUAAACUAUGAUCUACCUGACAGCAUUGAAGAUUAUGUUCACCGCUGUGGUCGCACAGGAAGGAUGGGGCAUUUUGGUGUUGCAACGUCUUUCUUAACACUUGAUUGUAAAAUAGCUGAGCAACUCAAAGAAAUGUUAGAAGUAAUGGAUCAAGUUGUACCCAAUGAGCUUGAAAACACAAAACAAUUUGGCAAAAAAAUUAUAAAGACAGAGUUUGGCGAUAGAGUUGUAGAUUUUUGAUAAGGUAUUAUAUGGUACAAUGGAACUAUUGAUUACAGAAGGGAGUUUGAAUGCUCCCAAAUUUGUGCAAUUAUAGAAUCAUUGAACAAACAAUGCCAAUAAAUGUCGCUGUCAUCCAUAA